CCCUAUAAGCGCCAGAAAACCGAGAGGCAAUUGGAUUCCUUAUUCAGGGAUCCUUUACAACUUUGAUGGCACUGAAGCCAACCAGCAGUCGCAUCUGAAGCCAUUCAGGCCCAGGAGCAGACGAAAACCAUGUAGCUGUCAAGUGUAACGAUUUUAUUGGUGAUUCAAGAGGCAGCCGAUGGUCUGCUCGUCCAGAACCGCCUCGUUUAGGGCCUUUUAGCUUGUGUCAAGCUGCUGCAAUUGCCAAGUAGUCGCUAUGGGGAUACGAGAAUGCUGUUCCGCCUUCCUGGGUGGACUUCCCGAUCCCGCCCUGCCCCUCAUGCCCUCUAUGGCACUGGGCAUGAUAUUUGCUGCCCUGAUUCUUGUUAUCUUUUACAAAAAGGAGAAUAAAGUGCCUUUGAAAAUCGCCGUCUUGGAGAUCCUGAGGAAAGUGUUCUACCUCUUUCCGACCCCAGACCACUCAGAGUCACAGUCGUGCAGGAACUCCAGCUGUGUCCGUUGCUGUAAAUACAAGGAGCUGGAACAACAAAUUGCAGAGAAAUGGAAAGCAUUAGACUCUAAGACUCAGGAGUCCACAUCACUUAGAUUACGUGAUGCUGUGCAGACAGUGGUGAGGAGGUUGGUUCCAGCUGCGGAGAAGUUGGGAGAAGACAGGACAAGAACCUCGCAGAAAGAGAAAUCACUCCAAUCAGCCUUCCAGAAGCCCACCAUAUUCCCUGUGGAUUUACCAGCCAACCCUUACUGGAAUGAGUUUGAUGUCUAUGGAAUGGAACUCAGACUCCUGAAGCUCAAUUUCAGCAUUAUCUUGAAGGAAUUUGAGUCUGUCUUUGAGGCUCUGAAGGGUGGCGAUAACUGGGGCUGGAAACUGAACGAUAUCCCUCGUGGUCAUUGGUGCAUCUUCCCCUUCAUUGACCAAGGUGUUGUCAAUGAGUCAAACUGCAAGAGAUGUCCCAACACAUCAACCAUGAUUGGUUCAUUGCCAUCAGUCAUGCAGGAUUGUGUGUUUGGCAAUGCCUGCUUCUCAGUGCUGUAUCCAGACUCUCAUAUUGAACCUCACUAUGGCCCUACUAAUCUAAGGUUGAGGUGCCAUUUAGGUAGGAUGAUGUUGAUUUUUUUAUUUUUAUUAGUAAUAUUUCAUAUAGAUAAGAUCAUUGCCUUAAGUUUUGGGAUGUCAUUCUGUAGUAGAUUUAAUUUUCCUUUACACAUGUAUGAUGAUUAAUGUUUCAUGAUAGGU